AGAGGCCUUUGCGCGAUGACGUCACGGGGCCGGGGCCUCGGGAAGCCUCACGGCGGCAAACGGUGGCAUGUUGCGGCGUCGGGCGGCGAAAUGACUGGAGGCGGGAAGAGGAGGCCCGGAGCGGCGGCUGCGCAGGAGCAGUGUGAAAAGGGGAAGGAGGUCAAGAAGAGGCGGUGCUCCGGCGAAGCUGACAUCCCCAGCCAUGUACGGCAAGAGGUGGAAAGCUACUACCGGCUCCAGAUGCCCGAAGACUUCUAUUGUUUCUGGAAGUUUUGUGAGGAGCUGGAUCCUGACAAGCCAUGUGAUGCACUUAAAUCAAGCAUUGGACUUCAGCUAGUUGGACCAUAUGACAUUCUUGCUGGAAAACAUAAAAAGACAAAUAGAUCAGCAGAUGUGAACUUCAAUCUUCACUGGAGGUUUUUUUAUGAUCCUCCUGAAUUCCAGACUAUCCUUACUGGAGACAGCAAAAUGCAGUAUCAUAUGGGAUAUUUUAGGGAUAUGCCGGAUGAACUGCCUGUGUGGGUUGGUGAAAAUGAAGCCAAGAAGGGCUGCACAAUUUCUCAAGUUGGUGACAAUGUCUUUGCUGCUGUAAAAUUAUUUUUGUCCAAAAGGCUUAAGGAAUUGACGGACAAAAAGAAAAUCAGCAUUCUGAAAGAUAUAGAUGAAAAACUAACCAAAACAGCAAAAGAACUUGGUUACUUGCUUGAGCAAAAAACCAUGAAGAUGAAACAGAGAGACAAGAAAGUAGUAACCAAGACAUUUCAUGGAGCUGGUUUGGUUGUCCCCAUAGAUAAGAAUGAUGUUGGGUACAGAGAGCUUCCUGAAACAAAUGCUAGUCUCAAAAGAAUCUGUAAAGCCGUUGUAGAUGCUCCCAAUGAUGACCAGAGACUGAAAGCCUUUGCCCCUAUUCAGGAAAUGCUAACUUUUGUUCAGUUUGCUAAUGAUGAAUGUGACUAUGGAAUGGGAUAUGAACUGGGAAUAGACCUCUUCUGCUAUGGGUCACAUUAUUUUCACAAGAUUGUUGGCCAGUUGCUGCCUCUUGCUUACAACUUGCUGAAGAGGAAUCUGUUUGCAGAAAUCAUUGAAGCUCAUUUAGCUAAUAGGAAAGAAGAGAAUGUAGACCAGCUUGCAGCAUGAAAUAGUGUCAUUAAGUAUUGAGUUGCCUUGUUUCGGGGUAUUUUCUUGUUUUUUGGUACUGAACUGGUGUAGUUUCUAUGUGAGAUAAAUAAACUUGUUUUGCUAAA